AUGAUAAGAAUAUGGCAGAGGAAGUGUCGCGGCUGAACCUUACACUCAAUACUUUAACCAGACUAUUUAUUCCUACUGUGGCUUUCUUACCGAGAACCAGGAAAUAGACACAGAAAGUGACACCAUGGUGACAGAAGGGGAGCCCACAGACUUGGUGAAAGUGUUCCACCUUCUGACACUCUCUUUCUCCUGGGGCAUGCAGGUCUGGGUCUCCUUCAUAGCAGGUUUUGCAUUGGUCUGGCAGGUAUCCCUACACACCUUCGGGCUGGUGCAGAGUAAGCUUUUUCCUGUUUAUUUUUAUUGUCUGAUGGGGAGCAGUGGUGUCAGCCUGGCUCUGUAUGCUGUCUACCACCCCAGAGAGCUGCUGGACUGGAAUGAAAGUCUGCAGAUGGGUCUGUAUGUCUUAGUACUGGUGAUGGCCGGUCUAAAUGCCCGCUGGUUUGGCCCAGCUGCCACUGAUGUGAUGUUCCAAUUGAGGAAGGUGGAGGAAGAGCAUGGCCUGGGGAAUCAGAUUGGUCUUGGCAGCCAGAGAGAAGCGUAUACAAAGCUCAAAGAGCAGGACCCCAAGUACAGAGCUUACAAGAGCACAUUUGGUCGCUAUCAUGGGCUGUCUAAUCUCUGCAAUUUGAUCGGGUUUAUCUGCACCACAAUUAACUUGACCUACGCAGCUUUGAAUUUAUCCACUAUUUAGAAAAAAAGAGGUUUUUAUUAAAAAAAUAUCUGUCAUUUCAGUAUUCUAUACAAUGCAGUAUCAUCAUAAAAUUCAUGUUUGGUAUAGAGCAGCAGUUUUCAAAGUGUGAGGUGUGCUUUUCCUUUGGGGAGCCUGAGAACUGAAGGGAAGGCACCGCAGUAGAAAAAUUAAAAAUGAAACAACUGCGUAACAUCUGGUUGGAUAAUUUCUGAAAUGUGUACGGCAAAGUGGAUGGUGUUUCAGUAACUUCCUUUCUACAGCAUGUACACCCAUUGAGUGCUUUAGGGAUUCAAAAAACAGUGGAGAUAAUGCCUUGUAACGAUUUUGUGUGAUGUUUGACCAACUUCUAUGUGUUCAGAAACUAUUUGACUUCAGCAAAUACGCCUUGCUCUGUGUGAUUUAAGUGUGGCAGUUUUGGAGUUUGUUUUCAGUCGAGUUAAUGGAUUGUGGAGGAUUAAUUGUUGAAUUGUUUUUAGGUGGAGUAUCCUAAAAUUUAAGGGAAAAAUUGAAAGAAGGGACAAGUUGAGCAAACUUUACAAUUAAGAUUUUCAUAGGUGAGACAAGGAGUUAUUAUUCUUUAUUUAACCAGGUUCAAUCAAUCAAUCAAUCAGUCAAUCAAUCAAUCAAUCUUUAUUUGUAUAACGCCAAAUCACAACAAACGUUAUCUCAAUACGCUUUUACAAACAUAGCAGCAAUAAUAACAAAGACCCAGCAUCAAGACAGGAUACGAUCCAGUCCCCUAUUACUGAAGGGACUUGAUCUUAUUACAUCUUAAUCCAUCAUGAGCAACACCUUGCAGUAUUUAGCUAGUUACAGCGGUAAGGAAAAAAAAUCUUUUAACAGGCAGAAACCUCGAGCAGAACCAGACUGAUGUUAGACAGCCAUCUGCUUUGACCAAGUUGGAGUUGGAAAGAGGGAUAUGGAAGAAUAAGAGAUAGAGAGCGAUGAUAGGGAUGAGACGAAUAAUAAAAGUAGUAGUAGUAGUAGUAGUAGCUGUUGCCGCUGUAGUCCGGCACGUCCGUAGCAGCUGGAGUAUGGAAUGUCCACAGCAGCAAGCUGUCUACGGCAGUGACUCAGAGGAACCUAUGAGACAAGGGAGCUCAGAGACCCCAGAAAGGUCUAUGUUUAGUGACUUUAGUGGGACAGGGAUGAGGGGUGAGAUAGGAUCCAGGUGUGUCAGUUCCCCCAGCAGUCUUAGCCUAUAGCAGCAUAACUCAGAGCUGGUCAAAGCCUGAGCCAGCUCUAACUUUAAGCUUUAUCAAAAAAGGAAAGUUUUAAGCCUAAUCUUAAAAGUAGAGAGGGUGUCUGUCUCCCAGAUCCUGACUGGUAGAUGAUUCCAAAGGAGUUGGUCCCAUUGAGAUUAAAAAUCCCUUUCCAAGAGAGACGGCCUUUUCCCCAAUUUUUAAGCCCUUGGUAUAGACUUUAAUUUGACCCUCCAAAAAAUGUGACAUAAUUUAUGGUGAAUACACGUUAAGACACUUUUGUAACAACUGUGAACCUGCAGGUCUAAAAGUUUACUAAUGAAGGAAGAUGUCAUUAAGUGAAAAUCUUAAUUUUGUCAGUUACACCUUAUAUAUCUUGUGUAUUGUAAUUUAUGCUCAAGUGAAGUUAAGUCAGCAAUCCUCACCUGUGUGCCCAGCAGGGGGCAAUGUUUGGGUGUAAGCAUAUUAAGAAAAAGCUUAUAGCUCCAUGGCAGAGUGCAGCAUAGCAUGCUGCAGUUUGUUUGUAAGGCAUUGAUUGAUCUGUUUAUUGAAAUGUGUAGUGAAAUUGUCAAUACUGUUUAACAAACACUGUGAUCGGAUGAUUAAACUCUUGUGGUACCACA